AUGUCGUCUACAGCUCAAUCCUUCCGUGACAUCCUCGGAGUCCCCCGCUCCUCGGCUUCCCCGCAGGACUCAACCCUCAUCAUCAUCGACGCCCAGAACGAAUACGCCACAGGAGCUCUCAAGACCGAAAAUGUUGCAGAGACUCGCAAGUCUAUCGCCAACCUCCUCGAGAAGUAUCGCCAGGGUGGUAACGGCAAGAACAUCGUGCACGUCGUCCACGAGGUCCCCGAGGGCGCGCCCGUCUUUACGCCCAACACCGCAUUAGCACAGGAGUUCGAAGAGCUUACCCCCAAGGCGGGUGAGAAGGUCGUGACCAAGCACUUCCCCAGCUCUUUUGCGAAAACCGAUCUUCACGACUACUUGCAAGGCCUGGGUGACGUGGGAAAGAAGGUUGUCUUGGUUGGCUACAUGGCGCAUGUCUGUAUCUCUACCACUACACGUGCGGCCGCGGAGCUUGGAUAUGAGCCCGUCGUUGUGAAGGAGGCUGUGGGUGAUAGGAACAUCCCUGGUGUCAAGGCUGAGACUCUGGUGUCGGUUGCCCUGAGUGAAUUGGCAGACGCUUUUGCAACCGUCGUCUCUGAGAAGGAGAUUGGCGCAUAG